AUGACAUCCCAAGAUAUGGGCUCUUCUAUCAACGACGAUAGUGACGGUGAUGCGGUGGUCGCAUGCGAGAGCAUAGGAUCAGAUACCAAAGACGACACGGUACCAGCGCGAAUGACCAGCUCGACUCUGCCACAAGACGAGCAGUUGACAAUGAACGCCUUGGACACAACCAACGAGGAUGACACAGUUUCUCUGCUUCCAGCAACUGCUGUACCCGAGCCGAUCGCCGACGCUCCACAUCCGACAUCUCCACGUCCCAUAUCUCCUCGUAUAACGUCCCCAAAUCCCAUGUCUCCUCGCGCGUCAUCUUCGAGUUCAUCAUCUCCACGCCCAUCGCCUCUACGUCUGAUACCUAAGAAGAAGACAUGUAGAUUUAGACAACGAUUCAGACGCAAACGACGCGAGCCUAUGGAGCCGAGCCCGUCUCUGGAAGACCUCAUCAGCAUUCCAGAGGUUGUACCCCAACCCCGCGCUGCAGAGCUUCUCAAUACCCUUAUCCUCGCUAGAUCUACUCACGGACGAGGAGUUGCUACAGAGCCUGUCACGGCGUCUUCCGCGCUAGAAUCCCGAGCGCCUGAUGACAUUCUCCAGCAACACGCCGCUGAGCUCGACGAUGCUCUUGCACAACUCGAAUCGCUCCAAGUUGACGGUAAUGACGAGGAAGGGUCUGCAUCCUGUAGGCGGUCAUCCUUUUGGUCCCAAAUCUUUUGUUUUCUGUAG